GCCAGCACCAAGUCAAGCAAGGGACAUGUGAAGUUGUGGCAGUGCAUCGUUGCUGCAAUAAGAACCGGAUUGAGGAACGAUCGCAAACAGUCAAGUGCUCCUGCUUCCCAGGGCAGGUGGCUGGUACAACAAGGGCUCAGCCCUCGUGUGUGGAAGCUUCCAUUGUCCUACAGAAGUGGUGGUGUCAUAUGAACCCCUGUUUGGAUGGAGAGGACUGUAAAGUACUACCAGACUAUUCAGGUAACACGGUAGCAAAGAAUAAACCUGUGGGUCACCACCAAAACCAUGGCAUGGGCAACUGUUGCUUGGCUGUUUCACAGAGACCCUUUUUUGUGAUGAUGCUAUUGACUUAA